AUGAAUAAAAACAAUAGAAACUGGAAGAUUUCAGAAUCGUUGAAACGAAGAGAACCAUCUCAGGUUCGCGACGAAUUCCAUCAGAUUUUUGAACAGGAACCAACUCAUUCAAUCGAAACCAUUUGCAAUGCUGCCGUUGAAGAAAUCAACAAUUGCUUAAGCCCUUGUCCUCAACCAUCCUUUAGUAGAUUAACGACAACAUUAGAAAAUGAUUCUCUCUCUGUUUUUGACGAGCUUGGACCGUCACCCACAAAAUUAUUGACAUUGGAAAAUGUGUCACUUAUUGAUUUAAAUGAUGAUUUGUAUUUAUCACAUUCGAGCAAUGGUGGCGAGCCUGCGCCAGAUGAAUGUAUAUUGUCAUCAAGUGAUUUUUCAAUUUCAGAAACAAGAAAUAAUGUUCAAAUAAAUGACAUUAUGACCCAAAACAUUCCUCAUUCUAGUAAUACUCUUGAUACAAACAUAGAAACGAAUACUACCGAUAUUGCUGGGGUUCAGUCUGUCAUACCUGGUCUUCAAAAUCGGAAACGCCAGCGCCGAGGUCAAGCGGAGCCCGAGGAAUGGAAGAAGAAUUUGAGAAAAAACAGAAGACAAAAAGGUGAACCUUACCUCUCCAGUAAAGGUGUAUUAAAACCAGGAAAAUUAUUGGGUGAAUCGAAGUGUAUGGGAACGUGUCGAGAAAAAUGUACGACCAGAUUUAGUGAAGAAGAGCGGCUGGAAAUCUUUUCAUCUUUUUGGAACAUUGAUAAUAUAAAUCAGAAGAGGCAAUAUAUUGUAGGCUUAGUUAAUACCUACACAAACAAAACGAACUGCUAA